AAAACCCCAGGAGCAGGAUGAAAGCAACUCGCGGAGACACGGGAAGUGCUUCCUCCGACAAGGCGGCGCUGUCUCCACCAGCCUCUCGACCCUCCUCCUCCUCCAUCCCUGACUCCAGUACUCUAUCUCAACACCUUCUCUCCCACUUUUCGGACUCUCCGCUUGGGAGCAACGAAGGGAACACGACGAAUUCGACACAUGCUGGCCUGGCGUCGUCAAUCUGGCCACUUCUCCUUCCAAGUACCUUUUUUUUCAUAACCCUCUUUGGUAUCCAACCCAUCCUAUCCCAGUUUCUCAUUCAGCUAGAAUGUGACAGAUUAGGCGCUUCUGAUUGCGACAGUGCUAACAUUAGCGGGACGGCAGCAUUGACGAUGAAAUACCUGUACGCACUUGAAUUCGCCAGCGCCACCCUGACGAUCGGAACGCUGGGUGCCUUCUCCGACUAUAUGGGCCGCAGGAAAGUCCUCCUCAUCAGCUCCUGCGGACAGUUCCUUUACCUCUUGCUCUUCCUCCUUGCCCUCACACACUCCUCCUCCUCAUCCUCCACCCCGUCCGCCGCGCCCUCAUCCCCCUCCUCUUCCUCGUCCUACCGGGCUGCCCGCAUUUGCCUCUUCGUGGCCACUUUCGUGAAUGGACUGACGGGCUCAUACGGCACUUAUUUGUCGGGCGUGUAUGCCUAUGCAGCAGAUCUGACCAAGCGAAAACCGACGGAUCGGGGCGUCAUUUUUGCGAAAAUCGUGGGCUGCCUUGCCCUUGGCAACACGGCGGGACCUUUCUUGUCCGGGCUCUUACUGAACGGAGCGGGCUUCUUUCUGCCUCUGGUGGUUCAUGCGAUCAUGGCUGGAUUGACGCUGGUGUUGAUAGGAUGCUGGGUGAAGGAAUCGCUGGACCCCGGGGACAAGCCCUCCGAGCCCUUUCGCAUCUGCCGGCAGCACAACACCUUCGUGGUCCUCUAUCAGUUCCUCUGGACACGGCAGCACCAGGCCGUGGAAGGGGGAGGGCGGGACGGAGGGCGGGACGGAGGGCGGGACGGAGGGCGGGACGGAGGGCGGGACGGAGGGCGCGGGGGAGGGCCGGCGCCGUCCCUCUUGGCGUUGUCCGGGUGCUUCUGCCUGGCCUUCCUGGGCCUGGUGGGGCAGGGGACGAUAUUUGUGUACUACGCCAAGAGGAUGUUCGGAUGGAAAGCCGACGUGCUCGGCUACUACGAAGCUUUGACCGGGGGCUGCAAAGGCCUGGUCAUGCUCGUCCUUCUCCCCUUCCUCUAUCGGCUCCUCCACCGCCCCUUCAACGACUUCGCCUUCGUGGCCGUCGGCCUGGCGCUCAGCUGCCUCUACUUCGCCCUCCUCGUCUUCCUGCCCACCCCCGUUGCGGCCUUUUCCAUCAUCCCCCUCAACGCCCUGAGCCAGGCGGCCUACCCCCACCUGCGCUCCCUCUUCUCCCGCGCCAUUGCUCAAGACUCCCAGGGACAGCUCUUCGCGGCCCUCUCGGCGCUCGAGACCCUGACGACGGCGGUGUCACCACUGGUGUUGAACAGUGUCUACAACGCCUCCGCCCGCGCAUUCCCCGAGUGUGUGUGGCUCGUGCUGGUAUUCGCCUUGGUGGGCGCCGAGGCUUCCCUCUACCUGGCAUUUCGCGCCUUAAGGAGGAACGAGGGCCGGAAGAAGGGAGAAAAGGACGGAGGGAAGGCUCUGUUGGCGUCGAUUGGCGAAGACGGGGACGAGGAAAGGCAAAUGGAUGUAUAACACCUGACGGUGGGACGCCGUGUGCCAUGCCAUCGCUCACAGAUGGCAGGUUCGAAGGGCGUCUGGAAUGCAGGUACAAAUUGAUUUCAAGCGAUUUGAUAUAAUUUUAGAAAUGUUAUGAACGCAUACAUUCUAUCUGUGCUGGUUGGGAAUGAAAUAUGUAAUAUGUAAAUGCAAGGAUGUUGGCUACAGUAUAGAGCCUGUCCAGUUUUGCAAGGAAAAGAAAAAGAAUAAGAUUUGGUAGCUUUGGUAAUUCGAU